GGACAGCAGAAUGAAAGUUGUAGAGAAGGAAAGAGGAGCGUACUGACCUGAUUUUACUCUGAUCUGAUCCUGUCUGCUCCACAGCACCGGUCAAUCUCAGCCGCCUGCUCUUUCAGACUCAGAAACACCACGGAUCUGAACACACACCGAGUCGAGGUGGAGAGUGUGCAAGAUCCUGCUCAUGGAUGAGGAUGAGGAUGAUGUGUUUGGGCCUGUCUCACAGUGCUGGCCUUCCUCCAACAGGGAAGACCACAGCACGCAGACCCCAGGGAGCUCCACGACACGGCUAAAUGGCAUGCUGCCUUGCGGUGUGGCCGAGGAGCCCAGACGCCUUUUCUACGGUAGUGCAGGAUUGCUAUUGCUGACGCCCUCUGCUCGUUCUGACCACGUCGAAGGCGCCAUGUUUCCUGAGAAUCAGCCUCACCGGCGGCCCGUGCACAGCGUGGAGGCUCAGAUCGGCCAGAAACUCCAGAUGAUUGGAGACCAGUUCUAUCAAGAGCACAUGCUGCAACACCGAAACCAAAGGAACCAGUGGCCGUUUUGGUUGCGCCUGGCCUCAGCCUUGUACGCUCUCCUGUUCGAUGGCGAGCCAGCAGUUAGGAGACCGGAGGAUCGCAGGUGAGAUGGCCACCACGACAAGAUCGGCCGCAUCUGCUUAAUGGCACUGUUCGGCUUUCAACACGGGUUUUUAGGGGAGAAAGUGAGAGGGAAGACAAUCUCCGCUGGACGGGGACCUCCUUCUUCUCCCCCCUCAAGAAGAUGCCAUUGUGUUCAUGAGAUUAUUUUCAUAAAAGACUUUGAGGUAUUUUGUAAAAUAUUUUGUCUUUGAAUUUCGCUUGCACUUCCCUUUUUGUACAUUAGCAAACGUCCGUCCUGGGAAUGCCUUAUCAUCUCCAGCCACUACAGAAAGACUGAAUGUGGACUGAAGAAGAGAAGGUGGUUUUCUUUUCUUUUCCCCCAAAACCUUCCAGGACACCAAUCAGCCUGACUAAUCUCCAAAGAGUUUUGCACCUCAGUAUUUCUGCUUCUGUAGCCUUUUAUAAUUGUUAGGAUUUUUUUUUUGUUACUAUUUUCCCCUCCACAGCAGUGAGCACGAUUCGGAAGUAGACAGGCCUCUACUACUUGAAUUUGGUGUGUCUUGUUGAUGAACUUGUCAAUAAUCAGCAAGCGAAGUCGCCAAAUGGUUAAGAUGCCUAGAGGGAACAGGUGUCAUCAUCUCCAUUUAAGCCUGAAGAACAAGAAUGCAGUGCCUAUUAUGAUAAAAACAUUUUUUUUUUUAAAAAAAACUCAAACCACCUUCCUUAAAUAUUCAUUGAAAGUUUCAGAAACCCUAAUUGUUUAUAUGCCUUUUUUCACUGUCAAAAGAAAUUCACUGUGGGUAUUAACACCAAAAAAACCUCAGUACUGAUUCUCACCACAUGUGUUCAGGUUGAUGUAAAAAAAAAAAAAAAAAAAAACAUCGCUGAUUUUCUACUGAACGUUUUACAUACCACUGGUCCUCUUGUUUGGCUGUUGAACAUCAUUGUGGCCACUCGUUUUCUCAGCCACAGAGCAAUACUGUGUCUGUGAAAUGACUGCAUUUCUACUCUCAGGAUACUCGCGUGUUUAUAUCCAACAGAAUUUCAAGUUGUAUUUGUGCUUUUUAUACCUGAUGUAUGUUUCAUUGGAUUACAUGUUUUUCUUUUGUUUAGGUUUUUUUUAAUAACCACUAAUUUUUUUUUGGCUAUUUUAGAUAAGGACCUUCUUCUGUAAAAUGUUAGUAAGACUGUAACUGCCUUUGAAGACACUGAUUGAUUCUUAAUGCUGUUUUUUGCUUGUAGAGCUUUUUUUUUAUUUUUUAUUUUAGUUUAAUUUUUUUUUUAAGGAGUGACGUAUAUUUUUUGAGACUCAUUUUUUUCCAAUUUCCAACCGUAACUGUUUGUAUACACAUGAACAAUGCAGAUACUUUUUAUACCAGAAAGUGAAGGUUAGUGUUGGAUGAAAGACAUAGGAUUGUUUCAUUUUAGAACAUUUAAAGAAAAGCUUUAAGAUUGAAACUCUGAUAAGUGGUCUAUAUUAAAAUCUAGUCUAGAAUUUGCCUUAUUGAUUUGCAUAUGGAAUAGGUUCACAAAAAAUAUUGGCUUAACUGUAUUAACUGUGGUCCUAUGAUUACACAGGUACACAGGCAUGGUACAAAAUGUCUCAAGUUCUCAUCACUGGACAGUGUUGCCAGUUGUCUGUGUAUGUCUGUGUGUGUGUGUGUGUGUGUGUGUGUGUGUUUCAUAUGUCAGUGAGUGAGUGAGUCAGUGAGUGUGGGGCACAGGCUACUUUUCAAGCAUGGUGAAUGUCCAAAGAAAUGCUGACCGUUUGUUUCCUGCAGAUCGUGAACGCUGAGCCAGUGACUGUAGCCCUCACAACUCAGUAGCUACCUUUCUCACUUUACCUAGUCUCCAUCCAUAUACGUUCACUCCUGAACCUUUUUGGUAUGCUGAUUUUCUUUCUUUGAUUUGUAAUUUAUAUUUUUUGUCCUUUUUAUUUAUUUCUUUGUAUAUUGAUUCAUUGCUACUGUAUAGGUUGUGUGCAAUUUCCUUUCUGUGUGUUUCUUGCCACUUUUGUUUUGGUCUUGGAUGUCUUUUUGUUUUCUACUUCCUCACCCUGUGGAUUAAGGAGGUGAGAGGUUAGUCAUUUUUGGAUCUUGUUUCAUGGUGAAAAUCCUGAAUUACUUUUAACAGGUUAUUAAAAGUGAACCAAGAGAAGUCCGUAGAUAAAUUACAAUCAGUGUAGUUCUGCACAACUGUAUAGUGCAGAUUGGCUUGAUUAUGUUAUGAUCUAUGAAGGGAGAUGGAUUUUUUUUAGUCCAGUCAUUGUUUUGAAGGACUCUGUUGUCCUCAAGUUUCCUCUGAAGAACAUGAACAGUAAUGACAAAAAUAGGAAGGAAAUGUAACAUUAUUGAAUCUAUUGACUGAAGAAAUCCAGCAGCAGUGAAGGAUUGUGAAGUUACUAAAUCCAGAUGGAUGACAAAUUAAAGGUAAAAAAAAAAAGUUUGUUAUGCUCUGGGGGCAUUUUGCUGGCCACUUGUCCCUUAGGUGGAAAGAUACAGCGACCAGCCAUGACAUUAAAACCACCUGCUUAAUAUUGUGUAGGUUCCUUUUGUGCUGCCAAAACAGCUCUGACCCAUUGAGGCCUGGACUCCACAACAGCUUUGAAGGUGGGCUCUUGUAUCUGGCACCAAGACUUUAGCAGCAGAUCCUUAAGUUAAGUGGGGCCUCCAUGGAUCUGACUGGUUCAUCCAGCAUAUCCCACAGAUACUUAUUUGGAUUGAGAGCUGGGGAAUUUGGAAGCUAAUUGAACACCUAGAACUUUUUUAUCUUGUUACUGAACAAUUUUUUGCAGUGUGGCAGGGUGCAUUAUCAUGCUGAAAGAGGACACAGCCAUAAUAUUGUUUAUUUGGACGGUACAUGGUGGUACCAUUGUGGGUGCUUUCGGUGGUGGACAGGGAUCAGCCUGGACACUCUGACCGGACAACCACAUACACACUAAGCUGUGAUGCACAUUGUUUUCUAACACCUUUCUACUACAACCAGCAGUACAUUUUUUUUUUAGCAAUUUGUGCUAUAGUAGCUCUUCUGUGGGCUCAGACUAGACAGCUCCCCACAUGCUUCAGUGAACCUUGACCCUGUCACUGGUUCACCGGUUUUAUUUCCUUGGAACACUUUUGGUCGGUACUAACCACAGCAUACUGGGAACACCCCACACGACCCCACUCCUUCCUUACGCUUGCCCAUUUUUUUAAAUUGACUGUUCACUUGCUGUCUAAUCUAUCCCACCCCAUUGUAAUGAGAUAAUCAGUGUUAUUCACAUCACCUGUCAGUGGUUUUAAUGUCAUGGCAUGGGUAUAUCUAUAUUGAAAAUAAAAAUAAAGCGCAUUGAUGCUGUUUUGGUGGCUUGUGAUGACCUUUAAAUUGUCAUCUGUCUUCCUUAUUGCAGUAAAUAUCAUUUAAACAUAUAUUCUUAGAAUCCUUUGAAACAUUACAUAUACUGUACAUUAACCUGAUUAUUAGGCAGAAAAGUCCCUGAAGAAAGUCCCUGCUUUGCCCAUAAUACAACAGUGAAUGAAAGCUUGUGGUCACUGUUCUCAUUGACCUCAUUGUCAUGAUGCUCACUGUCUCCUACCAGGUUUUAAAUGUUUAAUAUGAUAUUACAUCUGUAAAUAUAUAAUGACGAAAACAGGGUAGGAAAGAUUGAUCAAGACACUGGGCCAUGUUAAUGAGUUAGCUCUCUAUCUUCACUGUAUCCACUAUUUUCACAUGCACUGGAAAAUAUUUUGUAAUAUUUUUGUCCAUUUCUAUUUUAUUUUCUUCUCCUCCCUCCUUUACCUUCAGUAAUCCAGUGUUCUACAAGUUGUCUCCCCUGGCAUUCUCUUAAUAUACAGUACUUCAGGUGACCGGCAACAAGUAACAACAUGGAUUUGGCCUUUCACUCAAAGGAUUGCAAGCACACCAUGGUGCCCAGUAUUAGUUUGAUGAAGUGGUUUGUACAGAGGAAGAUCGAGGAGCUGAGGUCUUGCCACCAAUUUCAGCUGUUUUGAGACACACAAUGUUUAAGAGAAUCUAGACCAGACCUGUCUCUGACAGAAUCCACCAGUAACAUAAAAAGUAUUUUAAUCUCCAAAAUUUUGGUUUCUAAUUACCAAAAUUAGGUGUACUGAUGUUUGAGGUAUUAUACUUUCUUAUGGGUUUAUCUAAUUUUGUUUUAAAAGAAACCACAGCAUAAAUAUUUUUAUCAAUUGGAAUUUGCAAUGAACUACACUGUUUUAUUCUAAUUGCCAGAAAGCUGUUGUUAAUGCAGUUAUUGUAAAGUUUUACGAUUAUAGAGAUGCCUAAAAGCCUUUUAGUUCAAAGGUAAAAACAAAAAAGUCUUGUGGCUCACAAUUCUCUGUAUACCAAGAAAUGAGACCCAGCAAAAAUGUAGCAUUUGUUGUAAACAUUGAACUGUGUGUCUUCGAGACUGUACUGUGCACUCUGGAACUUGUUGUUUUCUUAUGUUUUGAUACAGUAUAGAAGUUUUAGACAAUGUUAUAUAGUGCAAUAUGCUGUAUAUAAGAGCUUUGCUCUACAGAAAUGAUUUCUUGACUUUUUUUCCAUUGGUACAUUUUUUCAUUAAAUUGUAUUAAAGCCU